CGCUAUUCCACGGCGGAUUGACGGACGGAGGUCACGUGAUGGCGAAGACAGCAUCGAAGCGCCGCGCUUCCGAAGACUCGAUGCCGUCAGGGGACAAGGAGUCUACACACGUACCUCCUGUGGUCCCCUCAGUGACAGCGUCGUCGCGAGUGCAUGUCGGCAUCAAAAAGAUGAAGUCGUCGGACCACAUCCAGCCUGCCAGCACAACGUCAACGCCGUCCCCUACGAUGCACAUGAUGCGUAGCAACAACCAGCACGACCACGACACGUAUUGCGCCCCAACCCCGUACGGUCCAUCCGCGUAUAUGGCGCCAACUCCUCUGUCGCCAGACAUGCAUCAUCCCCCACUCCAGCGUCGCAAGACCAGCAUGGAUCACCAUCCCAUGCCGCCGCCAAGGUCGUCGCACCCGUACCCAACGACAUCGUCGUACCAGACCAACGGUGGCCCGCCUCCUCCUUCGCGUGCGCCACCUCCGUCCACGAACGACGUGGCGAUGCUCGAGCAGCAGACCGCGCGCCUGUGGAACUUUGACACGUGGGAGUGUGGCGACCAGUAUAAAUUCGUGCGGCCCAUGGGCCAAGGCUCGUACGGUCAGGUGGCGGAAGCAUACGACACCGUCCGCAAUACGCGCGUAGCCAUCAAGCGCGUGAUCAACGUCUUUGACCGUGCGCAGGACUGCAUUCGCCUCUUUCGUGAGAUCUACAUCCUCCGGCAUGUGCGCCACAGCAACCUCGUCACAAUGAUCGACGUGAUUCCGCCCAAGGACUACGACUCGUUCCGCGAUCUGUACCUCGUGUUUGAGUACGCCGACACGGACCUGCAAAAGUUAUUUUGCCUCCCGCAGUACCUCAACAUUCGUCACGUUCAAGUGUUUUUGCAUCAACUGUUGCAAGGCGUCAAGCACAUGCACGAAUGCGCCAUCGUCCACCGCGACCUGAAACCAGCCAACAUCCUCCUCAAUGAGACGCUCAGCCUCAAGAUCUGCGAUUUUGGUCUCGCUCGAGUGUGUCUCCCGGACCAAACGACGGCGACGAAUCCCGCCACGGACAAAGACAUGAAUGGCGACCUGACCGCGGAACACGCGGCUGCCCAACAUGCCUCCGAUUCCCCCGUGACCGCAGGAAACCAUGGCGCGAGCGGCAUCACGCGCAAGUACAACCGCCAAAUGACCAAACACGUCGUGUCCCGGUAUUAUCGGGCCCCUGAACUCAUCUUGCUCCAGGACUACGGCCGAGCCGUCGACAUGUGGAGCAUUGGGUGCAUCUUUGGCGAGCUGCUCAACAUGCAAGCGGAGAACUGCCAGCAUUAUUUGAAUCGGAAGCCGCUCUUCCCAGGACGGUCGUGCACGACGCUGAGCCCGACCGACACACAAACGUACAAGAAAGAAAUGGACCAACUGUUUGUCAUUUUCAACGUGAUUGGGACGCCGGACGAGGACGACAUUGCGCACAUUACGACCUUUGCGCCGCUCUUGCGCCAAAUCCCCAAGAAAGUUGCCGUGAAUUUACAAGACAAAUACCCAGGCGCGCCCCCGGAAGCGCUGGACCUGCUUGGUCAGCUGCUGCAAUUCAAUCCCGCGAAGCGCUUGACGGUGCGUGCGUCCGAUCGAGUCGCCAUGGUGACGAUGGGAUCAGGUGGACGAAGCCCUCGCGCAUCCGUUCUUGGCGCAAGUCCCCAACUUGCACUCGCAUGAGAUCACAACGGCAACGCCCCUCGACAUGCCCAACGAAAACGACGACCAUCAAUUUACUCGGGACCAACACAAACGUCGCAUCUACGACGAAGUCGUCAAGUUUCACGAGCUCGCGAUGGUCGACCGAAGGCCGCACACGGCAUAGCUCGACUGUCGCCCCUCAAUAUAACAAGACAGAAUCGUUCCUUUCGUGCAUGCCAUCGCUCUGCUGCCGCCAGUGCACGGUGAACGCGUGCCAAGAUGCGCGCGGACGUGGUCGGGCUUCCAACUCGUGCCAAGCGGGACAUGCUACGAAUGUCUCAUGCGACACAAUCAAGGCGAGAGAUGCGCGUCGGUCACGGCACUAGGAGAUAUUGCAGACGAUGUCAUCGAAGUUAAAGCGAUGGUGGCGGGUCAAGGCGAGGCUUCUUGGCGACGGGGGCGCCGUGCG